UUAAAAUGUAGAAAAUCAAAUUUAAUACCUAACUUCAUCAAAAACUUGACACAGCAUUUGACCAUACUGACCACUGACAAUAAAACCUACCCUGACAUAACAAGAACAUUGACUAGACACACACAUUUUUACCAUACCAAAAUAUUAAGCUUACUUAUAAAACACAAACACAACCUAUUACAAGAACAAACAAAACAUAUGGAAAAAGCAAAAACAAACAUAGAACAACUGAUGACCACAGAUGACGCAAAAGCGUUUUUUGAGAGCGAGAGAAAUAUAGAAAACAAAAUAACAACAACACUCAAGAAAAGACAAGAAACGAAAACGAUAAGUUACGAGAUCAACGGAACCUAGCCUUAGCGGACAACAACACUCAAAGAGAGUGGUUUGUAAACAAAACAAAAAUAGAAUUCCCGCCAAACGUCGUAGCGUUACUCGCAAAAGGGCCGAAGUUCGCUCUCCCAAUCAGCAAGAGAGAUUUUCCUCUCUUGAAAUACAUCGCAGACGGUGAGGAGCUAGUGCAAACAAUAAAAGAAAAGGAAACACAAGAGUCGGCGCGCACAAAAUUCUCUUUGUUAGUCAAAGAGCAUAAAACCAAGAACAACCAAAACAGUAAGGAUCGAGCAAUAUUGGACACAGUAGAACAGACACGAAAAUUACUGAAAGAAAAUAUAAAUAUUAAAAUUCUAUCGUCGGAUAAGGGCAACAAAACCGUAGCAAUGGAUGAGGAUGAAUAUAAAAAUAAAAUGACAAAUAUUUUAGACGACUUAUGCGCGUAUAGAACACUGAGACUGGAUCCGACAUCAAGACUACAGACAAAGAAUAACACCUUCGUAGCACAAUUAUUCAAGAUGGGUCUUAUUUCAAAGGACGAAAGAAAUAAGAUGACUACAACAACAGCGGUACCUCCGAGGAUAUAUUGACUACCAAAAAUACACAAGGAAGGAACACCACUGAGACCAAUAUGUUCUUCCAUCGGAUCUCCAUCUUACGGGCUGUGCAAAUAUAUAAUACAAAUAUUAAAAAAUCUGACAAUGGACUCUAGGUACAACAUCAAGAACGCGGUAGAUUUUAAAGACAGAGUCAACAACUCCCAGAUUAGAGAAGAGGAAACAUUAGUAUCUUUUGACGUAGUAUCCUUAUUUCCCAGCAUACCAAUAGAUUAGCACUUGACACAAUAAGACAAAAAUGGACCAAAUUAGAAGAGCACACGAAUAUACCGAAACAACUAUUUAUGGACAUAGUUCGAUUUUGCAUACAGGAAAACAGAUAUUUCAAAUACGAAGACAAAAUAUACACACAACUUAAAGGAAUGCCAAUGGGAUCACCGGCUUCCCCAGUAAUCGCAGAUAUAUUAAUGGAGGAACUGUUGGACAAGAUUACAGAUAAAUUAAAAAUAAAACCAAGACUCUUGACCAAAUAUGUAGAUGACCUUUUUGCCAUAACGAACAAAAUAGACGUGGAAAAUAUUCUAAAAGAAUUGAAUUCCUUCCACAAACAGAUAAAAUUUACAAUGGAAUUAGAAAAGGACGGGAAAUUACCAUUUUUAGACUCUAUUGUAAGCAGAAUGGACAACACACUCAAAAUAAAGUGGUAUAGGAAACCCAUAGCCUCCGGACGAAUACUCAACUUCAAUUCAAACCACCCAAAGAGUAUGAUAAUCAAUACAGCACUAGGCUGUAUGAAUAGAAUGAUGAAAAUAUCGGACACAAUAUACCACAAAGAAAUUGAACAUGAAAUCAAAAAACUCUUGACCAAAAAUGACUUCCCCUCAAAUAUAAUCAAAACAUUAUUAAAAAGACGACAAAUCGAAAGAAAAAAGUCAACAGAACCUGCUAAAAUAUACAAAUCACUAAUAUAUGUACCACGACUAUCAGAACGCCUCACAAACUCAGACUGUUAUAACAAACAAGAUAUAAAAGUAGCACACAAACCGACGAAUACAUUACAAAAAUUCUUCAACAAGAUAAAGUCGAAAAUCCCGAUGAUCGACAAAAGUAACGUCGUUUACCAAAUACCAUGUGGCGGGGAAAACAACAACAAGUGCAAUAGUGUCUACAUAGGUACAACAAAAUCGAAGCUAAAAACAAGGAUUAGUCAACAUAAAUCGGACUUCAAACUAAGACAUCAAAAUAAUAUACAGAAAACAGCACUUAUGACCCAUUGUAUAAAAAGCAACCACACACCAAAUUUUGAUGAAACAACAAUCUUACAACAAGAACAACACUAUAACAAGCGACACACAUUCGAAAUGCUACACAUAAUUAACACACCAACCAACAAACGACUAAACUACAAGACAGACACAGAAAAUUGCGCUCACUUGUACAGACACCUCUUAAACAGCCAAACAACCUCAGUAACAAUCUCCACGUCAAAAAACGCAGACGUGUAAAAUAAUGUAUGUAAAAUGUUCGAAAUAAUGUUUAAUUUAUUGUAUUAUAAUUGUUAAUUGUUUUUUGUAUCUUGGUGUUAGUGCCCUGAAGACGGUUUGCCGAUGUGCAACCGAAAUAUAUCGGAAGAAAAUUAAAAUAAAAUUGUUUUCAUUGUUUGUUUUAACAAACACGGACCUCGAGCCAGCCA